CCAUAUUUAGCUCCGCAGAGUUGAUCUGUCAUCCAGACCGAAAAUUCGAACUCUUGUCGGCGCAUUCUCCCUGGACUUGACAGCUUUAUUUUUCUACUAGAACAACGCCUACAGACAAAGAUUUUGUUCUGGAGAUGCUGCUAGAUAAACCAGAUCGUGUCACGGGUUGUUUUUAACGUCACUAAACUCCCAUCGUCUGUCAAGAAGAACUAUCCACCAGCGGAGCCAGGAGAAGCUAAUUACCGACUGCGCUAACCCGACUGUCGCUUGCCUUUACCGUCGACUCGAAUUUAUGUCGUCCAAUUUACGCAUCGGUUCUUGCUGUUUAUUCAUAUGAAGCAACUGAAGCCGCUGUGAUGAUAUCCUGACAGCACGUCCAUUCUGCUCCUGGCACUUUCUAAUCCCGGGCUAGCGAGCUAAAGGGGCUAACUAGCAGCCAGUAGCCGCAGCCGUGGCACUUGCUCCCCCACUGGAUACGUGCGUAAAAGUGGGGACGCGGAACAGCCCCGACCGGUGAAGCUACACCGUUACCACCGUACCGACGAGGGGGCCCGUGGGACAGUUCGCGGAGGAGAGGAAGAGGGAGAGCGGGGAGCGGGAGGGCGUUAAGCCGAAGGAGACACCGGGUUGAACGGAGGCAGAGUCCAAGAUAUUUGACAAGUGUGAGCCGGGAGUGAACCGGGCACAGACCUCAUGAAUGGAAAUCGGAACUACAGGAGCCGUGGGGGCCCAGUCCCUAUUCUCCAUGCCUCGGCGGCCCGGCUAUGGCACCAUGGGGAAGCCUAUCAAGCUGCUGGCCAACUGCUUCCAGGUGGAGAUCCCCAAGAUGGAUGUCUACCUGUACGAGGUCGACAUCAAGCCUGACAAGUGCCCUCGCCGUGUCAACAGGGAGGUGGUGGACUCCAUGGUGCAGCACUUCAAAGUGACCAUCUUUGGGGACAGAAGGCCAGUAUAUGAUGGGAAGAGGAGCUUGUACACAGCCAACCCGCUCCCCGUGGCACCAGCUGGGGUGGACUUGGAUGUGACGUUACCAGGAGAAGGGGGCAAAGAUCGUCCGUUCAAAGUUUCCAUUAAGUUUGUGUCGUUGGUGAGUUGGCACAUGCUCCAUGAGGUCCUGACCGGACGCAGUAUGCCUGAGCCUCUGGAGCUGGACAAGCCCAUCAGCACCAACCCUGUGCACGCUGUGGAUGUGGUCCUACGGCACCUCCCCUCCAUGAAGUAUACUCCAGUGGGCCGCUCAUUCUUCUCUGCUCCUGAGGGCUAUGACCAUCCUCUGGGUGGGGGGAGGGAGGUCUGGUUCGGCUUCCAUCAGUCUGUGAGGCCCGCCAUGUGGAAGAUGAUGCUCAACAUCGAUGUAUCUGCCACUGCUUUCUACAAGGCCCAGCCCGUCAUCCAGUUCAUGUGUGAGGUCCUGGACAUCCACAACAUCGACGAGCAGCCUCGCCCCCUCACAGACUCCCACAGGGUCAAAUUCACCAAAGAAAUCAAAGGUUUGAAAGUGGAGGUGACGCACUGUGGAACCAUGAGGAGGAAGUACCGCGUCUGCAAUGUGACACGCCGGCCCGCCAGCCACCAAACGUUCCCUCUGCAGCUUGAGAAUGGCCAGACCGUAGAACGCACAGUAGCCCAGUACUUCAGAGAGAAGUACAGCCUGCAGCUGAAGUACCCCCACCUGCCCUGUCUCCAAGUGGGCCAGGAGCAGAAGCACACCUACCUGCCUUUAGAGGUGUGUAAUAUUGUAGCAGGCCAGAGGUGUAUCAAGAAACUGACUGAUAAUCAGACCUCCACUAUGAUCAAAGCCACUGCCCGCUCUGCUCCAGACAGACAAGAGGAGAUCAGCCGCCUGGUGCGCAGUGCCAACUACGAGUCGGACCCGUUCGUGCAGGAGUUCCAGUUCAGAGUUCGAGACGAGAUGGCCCACGUGACGGGGCGAGUGCUACCCGCCCCCAUGCUGCAGUACGGCGGCAGGGUGAGCACUGAGCACUUUAUGAACCGCACAGUGGCCACGCCCAGCCACGGCGUCUGGGACAUGAGAGGGAAGCAGUUCCACACCGGAGUCGAGAUCAAGAUGUGGGCCAUAGCCUGUUUCGCCACACAGAGGCAGUGUCGAGAGGAGAUCCUCAAGGGUUUCACAGACCAGCUGCGUAAGAUCUCAAAGGAUGCUGGGAUGCCGAUCCAGGGCCAGCCUUGUUUCUGUAAAUAUGCCCAGGGAGCAGACAGCGUGGAGCCCAUGUUCAGACACCUCAAAAACACAUACUCUGGACUGCAACUCAUCAUCGUCAUUCUUCCUGGAAAAACCCCUGUCUAUGCUGAAGUGAAGCGAGUUGGGGACACUCUGCUGGGCAUGGCCACACAGUGCGUUCAGGUGAAGAAUGUGGUGAAGACGUCUCCCCAGACCCUCUCCAACCUCUGCCUCAAGAUCAACGUCAAGCUGGGAGGCAUCAACAACAUCCUGGUCCCUCAUCAGCGGCCAUCAGUGUUUCAACAGCCAGUCAUCUUCCUGGGAGCAGACGUCACACACCCCCCUGCUGGAGAUGGGAAGAAGCCUUCAAUUGCAGCUGUGGUGGGCAGCAUGGACGCCCACCCCAGCAGGUACUGUGCCACUGUGCGCGUGCAGAGGCCCAGACAGGAGGUGAUCCAGGACCUGGCCUCGAUGGUGCGAGAGCUGCUCAUUCAGUUCUACAAGUCCACACGCUACAAACCCACCAGAAUCAUCUUCUACAGGGACGGAGUGUCAGAGGGGCAGUUCAGACAGGUGCUGUAUUACGAGUUGCUGGCCAUCCGUGAAGCCUGCAUCAGCCUGGAGAAGGAGUACCAGCCUGGCAUCACCUACAUUGUUGUGCAAAAACGCCACCACACGCGCCUAUUCUGUGCCGACCGAAACGAAAGAGUUGGCCGCAGUGGAAACAUUCCUGCUGGUACGACUGUGGACACGGACAUCACACAUCCUUAUGAGUUUGACUUUUACCUCUGCAGUCACGCCGGGAUACAGGGCACAAGUCGGCCCUCUCAUUACCACGUCCUGUGGGACGACAACUGCUUCACAGCCGAUGAGUUCCAGCUGCUGACCUACCAGCUGUGCCACACGUAUGUGCGCUGUACCCGCUCUGUGUCCAUCCCUGCACCCGCAUACUACGCCCACCUGGUGGCCUUCCGUGCCCGCUACCAUCUGGUGGACAAAGAACAUGACAGCGCUGAAGGCAGCCACGUGUCCGGUCAGAGCAACGGCCGGGACCCUCAGGCUCUGGCCAAAGCCGUGCAGAUCCACCAUGACACCCUGAGGACCAUGUACUUCGCCUGACAUGCCCUCAUCAUCAUCAUCAUCACCACCACCACAUCCAAACACUCACUCGCCCUCACACAAGCGCGCCUGUCUGGUCCUGUGAAGCCGCUCUCAUCCCUUUACGUCAAUCUGGACCGGACACUGUGCAGAGGAGAGUAAGGAGAAGGGGCCCCCACACUGGACUGGAGAAUGCAAAACGUGGCUUUAAAAAUGACAUACGAAACAAACUCAGCACUAUUAUGCAAUAUUGAACCAGCCAACCAGAUUCCUACCAUUUUUGCACCCCUCCGAUCUGUUUUGCCUCCUCCCUUUCGUCGCUUUGUGGUGCUUAUUUUUGUUUGUUUUGUUUGCGUGACAUCUUUUCUUUCCAAAAAGUAUUUAUCGCAAUCUCUCUGUAGUGAAUCUGCUCCAUUGCCAUCAAUAGUCUGAGCAGCAUUUUUAUACUUGUGUUUUAGCGUGUUUUUUUUUUUUUUUUUUCAAAACAAAGCAGAGAAUGCAAAAGUUUGAGUCUAGAGCCAGAAAUAUUUAACUGUCAUCAUUGUUUAUUUUCAAUUUGAGAUUCUUCUCUUUGUAUUUCUUUUGAGAGCACUGCCACCUGUUGGCGACGAGGUAAAAAUGCCCCAAGCUGUCUUGCAACGUCUCAUACGAGAUUAUUUUAGCUGUUUUUUUCCCCUUUUUACAUGGGGCACAGUGGCUGAUAUGAAUUCUCGCCCUAUUCUUUUUCACACUGUUGUUGUAAUUCAAUAUAUUUGGUAUUAUGUGAAGCAUUUUAACUCAAUAUUUAAUGUUUUUACGCCUAGAUCUUUUUAGUAUCUUUUCCUGCUAUGCUUUGUUUCUUUUACUAAAUUAUAUGGUGAGUCAGUGUAACACAAUAUAAUUUCUCUAGUGCAAUAAUCAGAAUGAAGGGAAGAAUAAUUAUAGGGGACAAUUAUAGCGGUUACAGAAACAUUUCAUUUUAAAGCAGAUUUUGUAAAGUAUAUGGCCUUGAGUAUAAAUGCUGAUGGUGAAUUAUUUUUUAUUGUACUUGAAGGACUAUUUCGACGAUAUUACUUUGUUAAUGGGCAUAUUGCGGAAAUGUUAUUUGAAGAUUUUACCUAUGAUACUGGUGUAAGGUUUAUAAAGAGUAGUAUUCAAGUGCCUGGUGGACUCUAAGCAUUUAAAGGUCAGUCCGAUUCUAGUAAUAAUACAUGGGUAACUAGCGUGCUAUAUACAACUGACAGUACUAAAAUUACUUUAGAAUCAUUUAUACAUAUAUAUAUAUUUAUUGAUUUAACCAAUGUUAGAGCUAUGUAAAAGCAGCAUUUUAAGGUGUACUAUGUACCUUGUUGGUUACGGGUCCAUCAUCUCCUUAUUUCUGUCAUUGUUCUUCCUGGAAUAUUCUUCACUAUGACAUUAAACAGAUCGACCUUAUGUGUAUUAAAUUACAGGUGGUUUUAUAGUUCAGAAACACCAGGCAUUUUGACUAUGAACGGGGUUGGCUCUCCACAGAUCUGACCUGUAACUUGGUCUCGUUUGGACUCCAAGAUGAUAGAAAGGUUUAUACCAUAGUGUGAAACAUUCCAGACAAAGCAAUGACAUCUCAAUGGAGAAAAAAAGGAUUUGACAGACCCUCCAAUAGAAAAGUUACACAAUGCACCUUUAAACCUAGUUCCUCAACAUGUGUACUCCGCUGCUAUCGUGGGCUUUGAGGCAGUCCAAUUUUAGGCAUGUGUUUUUCAACUACUAAGAGAAGGGUGAGUCUAGAUUGAGAACAAAGUAUGUGAUUGAGUUGCAUAAGAUGUAAACUCAAAAGUGGAGAACUGUGCUGCCGAAGAUCAUCUCUAGUUGUGAUGUUUUUAAAAAGUGAAACUGCACUAAAGGACGUGUGUUUCUGGAGGGAACACAGUUGUGGUGCUAUACUUCAGUCUGAAUCUGAAUCGCUCUGAGCAGGACAAUGUCAUAUAGAGUUAUGGUGGGUGCUAAUUUUCAGUCACUACGCAUCACUGGAGGAUUGGGUAGAUGUACUUCAUGGCCAGUAGUUUUGGAUAAGCUGGAAAACUCAAUUUGAAGAUAAGCUAUUUUUGUCUUAAAAUUGUCGUUCUAAUCUACAAUUAGCAGGAAAUCUUAUUAACAUAAUUCAAAAGUGCUGCUUUCUAUAUUUUUAUUACAGCGAUGUCACAAGACCAAGGAUUUUAAGAGUGAAUCCUUAGAGAACAGUAUUUUUCAUUUGUGCAAAUUUGUAAAACCACAAAUGAUAGAAAAUAGAUAUAAGAUCUUGCAAAAUGUAAGAUAUUUUGCAACUGAAUCAAAAUUUUGCAAUUUUAACUUAAUAUGUUUAAAUUAACUUCUAACCCUGUCGUUUAGACUUUUACCAAACAUCUAUGGGAUUCUUGGAUUAGUUAAAUAAUUAAGAUUUUAGUCUUCUCUCAAAUGUUAAUUCUCUUGGGUGUUUAAAAUGUGAACUUUUAAGAAGAUUCUACAAUCAAAUUGGAAAUCUUUUUCCUAAAUUGUUUUGUUAUUGGUAUUAUUGCAAAUACAUUUGAUUAAUUUUUUUCCUCAUAUCACAAAUCCAUUGACCAGAAAGUACAAGUACCCUCCCAUUGCUGGAUUUAUUUUGCAGUUAGCUAUACUAGAACAGAGCCACAUGGGGGCGCUCUCACCUCUAUAGCCCCCUCUGCGCUGUUAUUGGCUAGCCCUCCAGCAUAGAAACCAGUGGCUCUCCCUAGUGUCCUGAUGCCUUUUUGAAAAGCCAGAUAGAUGGAAAAUAUAUUUGUACAUUUUAAAUUAUGUGAUGCACACCACUUAUUUUUGCUAAUAGAAAAAAAAUAACUUAAUGGUCGUUAUCAGUGUAUAUCGUAAGUAUAAAAAAGAUCAAGUUUUAUUACUGCAAUAGACUGUUCCUGUGUCACUGUACAGAGUUUGGUAGGUUGGUGAAAGUAGCCGUGCGCGUUUGGACUUCCGUACUGUUACAGAUAUAAGGAUAUAUGGACUUAUGUUUUAAUCUGUAUCUUUAUUGUGCAGCCCGUUAUUUUGUUCAAUUUUUGUCUUUUGUACAAGGCCUUUAAAAAAACUGACUGUGUUGACAAUAAUAGUUCCAAGAGGACAGUGCGAGUGAGGAUCUACACUUUUGAAUGUCGUUUUUUUCCUUAAACUGGUGCUGAAGCUUGCUCCUAAUUGGUCCAAGUGCUUUUGAACGUAGACUGGCGUGAUCAAUGCAAACUGCGUCAAAGCUAGAAGUAGUUGUGUUUCUUUGAGAGAUUUCAAGCUGGAUUUCAGGCUGCCUUGUUGCCACUUCAUAAAAAAUGUCCCUCUGUGCUCUGACUAAACCUGUAAAAAACGUAAAAUUCUUGCUUUUUGUAUUGUUGGUGUAUUGUUCGCAAGCCCCUCACGCCAAAACUGGACUACAUUCCACAGCUAUACAAUCCCAUCCAUUUUGUAAAGAAAGACAUAAGUUAGUGUUCAGUAAGUGUGGUCAGUCAGAUGUUAUGAGGUGGUAUUAUAUUCUAUUGCUUGCUCUCUCUCUGCUGUGCCUAAAGGGUGAUGGGGAGGAGGCUCUUGAACACAUGUUUACAUAGCAGAUGUGUUCGAUGUCAGUGAAUGGAUUUUGUGAGUAUAUUCCAAGUCUAGUUAAGAAGUCCGAUGAAAGUGACAUUGUCAAAGAAAGCAAAUGUUGCUCAGUUUGCUGUGGGGAAAAGCAGCAGGGUCAAAAGGAAGUGCCUUUCUCUCGAUGGUGCUGUCAACUGAAUGACAAAAUGUCAAAUCAAACAAUUUUUUUCAGUAAUGUUUUGCAGUGCAGGUGGAACUGUACAAUGCGCUCACUGUACGUUAGUUUUCUUGGCACACGUGUAACAAAGUUGAAAGCUAAUAUGUGGUUCAUGUAACAGAGCUGAAUGUAAAUCUUUUGGUUUCAUGUUACACAGUUGAAACCUAACUUUUGUUUCAUGUAACAUAGUUGACCCUAAUGUCUGUUUCAUGUAACCAGAGGUGGCGCCAGGGGGGGCUUGAGGGGGCACUAGCCUCCCCUAGAAUGGCCAGUGCAUCCCCAUAGCUCCCCUAAAGAUUUUGCCCCAUUUUUAUGGGCAUGGGUUCAAAUGGCGACCUGAGAUAGUUCAAAAUGAGACAACAAUAAAACUAUGUUUAGGGCUUCUAAAUCACUACAGUGACUAACUACAUUUAAACUUGUUCAAAACUGUGAAGCAAACAUGGUUGAGGGUGGGGGUGCACUCAUCCAUUAAAAGGCUCUACAAGUACAUGUUAAAAGUGCAUUGUGUAACUUUUCUGGUGGAGGGUCCCUCACCUGCUUGUUUUUUAUGGAUAUGUCAUUUCACUGCUUGGAAUGUUCCACAGUAUGACAUCAAACAGUUUUACCUUAUAUUUAUUAAUUAGAGGUAGUUUUAUAGCUCAAAUACCUAGAAAAACAGGCAUUCUCAGUGUGAGCAGGGAUGCCUCUCCACAGAGCUGACCUGUAACCUGGUCUGCUUUGAUUUAAUAACAUACUGUGGAACAUUCCUGACAAAGCAAUAACAUUUUCAUGACGAAAAGCAUGUAAUAUUCCCUUCAUCUGAAAAGUUACACAAUGCACCUUUAAGUGCGCACCCCUAUUGAUGAACUUUGUGCCCUCAUAGCUCCUAGAACCAAAAAUGCCUGGCGCAGCUUCUGCGUGUAACAGAAGGUCAACUUGUGUUUCAUAUAGCUCAGUUGGAUGCGUACUUGUUUCAUGUAGUUGGAACUUGUGUGAAGUUGGAUAGUUGGAUUAGGGUCUGCUUUUGCUUUUAGUUCCUUGGACCAAUGGUAGCGCUGGUACAGGAGCAUGUGUGGGACGCUUUAUGGGGGAUGUUGGGGACAAAGCCGACACUAGUGUGUUCUGCCACAGCCCUGCUCAAAAUGACAAACAGCACAGCACUUUAGAGACUGCCACUCUUACACAGACACAAAGCCAAGUCCCUCCAGAACCCACCACACCAGACCAGUCCAAGUUGUCCCCCCAAACUACAGUCACUCAGCGGAAGUGUGCCCUGUGCCCUAUGCCCUGGGCUUUCCUCGGUUCCAAAUGCCAUGUGUUAUAGCUCGUGCAGUGGAAUGCAAGAUGUCCACAUUUUUAUAUAUUUGACAAUUUACAACAAAAGACUACCUGUAUCAGUUAGAGAUCCAUCGUUAUGGAUUUUUUUCAUGGCCGAUACCGAUUUAGAUUUCAGCGCCCUCCCCCCCAAACCCAUUAGAGAGCUGUGUACUCACAUUUUACAGCUGUUAUCUCUUUGCACUAAAGUAUGUAAAGCUCUAUGGGCAUUUCAGAUAUCGGCAAUUGAUAUAUCAGUCUUGCUCUAGUGUCAGUUGCAAAUGAGCCAGUCCAUGGGUUUAACUUAAUAAAAAAUAGGACUGUUGCCAAUGCAAUUAACAGUCCAAAAACUGGAUCAAGUGUAAACAGUCCACAAAAUGGACCUAAAAUAAGAAAGCACUGGUUACAAAAAACAAAUAUUGUGUGAAAGGGCUUCCAGUUGCAUAGUUAUUACAUGUUGCUACAUUGCCAACUCUUUGGUCAGUUAAUUUUCCACUGUAGCUUUAAACCAUGGCAUUUAAUUGUAUGAACCUGUUACUAUGUGAGUCUAGGAUAUCUGUAUAAACAAGGUAGUUCCGUGGGCAACUCUUCAGUUCGGGCAAAGGGGGGUCUUAUUUUUACAAGAGAUCUCAAAACACUGCACCUCACUUACCUUGGUAUGCUGCAUAUGUUAAACUACAUGACAAAAAAUCCUGCAAAUUGCUUUUACAUAUACUGCUUGAGUAAUGCCUGAUUGCGAUAUUCUUAUACUAUUUUAGAAAUAACUGUAAAAUACUCUGUUUUGUCUUAACAUUUAUCCAAUUUUGAGAAAUUUGUUCUUGAGCCGAUUUUUUUGUUGUCCUAUUUAAAUGUGUUGUUCUAUAAAUAUAUAUGAAAACUAUAUAUAUUCGGAAUAUUUUAUGGUGUAUUUAUUGAGUAUACGCGGCUGGAGUCUCCGCAUCACAUACUAGCUUGCAUAUAGCGUGGCGGGGGCGGAGCCAACAGGAAGCGGCCUUAGCCCCUCCCCCUCCAUGUUGACGCCUUAUAGACACACAAGCACAAAAACAUGGAUGGGGGGCGGAGUCGAGGGGUUCACAAACAGAGCCAAAAGUUCACUGCUCAUUUUCUCCUUCAAAUGUUUCAAUCUUCUACCGAGAGCGCCUUUCCCUCCAAUCACAGCACUAUUCAUACGUUCACAUGCAAGUAGAAUAAAAAAAAAAAAAAAAAAGUUAAGUCCAUCUGAAAUGUUACUACAUCGCUUAAAGAUUCAGAUGAUGCCAAAAAAAAUUUGCAAAAAAUAAAUAUUGUUUAACUAUUUAGAAUCUUUGUUAUAAUCUGAGUUGAAAUUACUUAAGAAUUUGAGGAGUCUGAACAAAUUGGAAUUACUUUGUUUAACCUACAUUUCAGUUCUGUUUCUUGUACAUUGCCAUGUUUUUCAAGAUAAUGUUUUUGCUGUUAGAAUUGAAAAUAUUGUGCUUCAAAACAAAAUUAUUCUGAAAACAAGUAGAAGGCUGUGAAACAAGUCAAAUUAUGUAAAUUUCAGAUAAUUCAACCCUAUAUAGGCAAUAUGUUUUGGCUGGCUAAAAGAUUUCUGUAUCAUGUAUUUCUAUUUCAAACUUUCCCAUCUGAAAUUCAAAACAUUUAAAGUAAAGAAAAACCAAGAACAACAAAAACCCUAACUGAUCAUUCUAACUGCUUGUAAACCUACUAGCUCCCUGGCGAUUCCUGAACUUUUUAAGGGAGCAAUUAAAAUGGAAGGCUAUUUUCUAUGGCACAAUUUUUUAUGGAUUGCUUAUUAACCAUCAAUAUUCUAUGAUUUUAUUUUCUUUCUACCAAAAACACUUUAGGAAAGAACUGGUCUCAUUCCACUAUAAAGAAAAUAAAACAUGCCUCAACCUUAAGUGCUUUUCAGAUUACUAUGUGACUCUGCAAAUGCCUAACUACAAAACCUACGUACUUGAUCUGUCCACAUUGUCCACUGGGUUUUUCACUUUCACUCAAAACCACUAAAAUCGCUGCUGAUCUACUCAAAAGUGUAUACGUUCAAAAUUUUAAUAAACAUUUCUGUAAACUAAUAAUAAUAAUAAUUUGACUUGGUACGUAUCGUGUUGUGUGUUUCAUGUAUUCUAGCCAUAUUUUCAGUUCAUUUUUCCCAGUUUUUUCCCUAAUAGGCUCUGUGCACAAUACUGUUAGCGUCACUACCUCUUGUCCAAUUGUGUAUCUAUGGGGGUUAGCUGAGUCAUGCUAAAAUUAAUAAAUAUUUAAAGAUAAAGUAUUGGACAGAGAGUUGUGGGUGGACAUCACUGACAAAAUGUUAAAAAGUACACAAAAAUAAUCAAUACUUCAGUGGAGGACACUUCUGCUUUUACAAUAGUAGAGGUUUCUUUCUCAAUGCUAAUGCUAAUGCUAAUUUUGAGCCAUAAUAAAUAUUAAAACAACUCCACAAACUGAAGUUAUCUCUAUUUUUUUUUUUUUUUUUUAUGACUUGGCUUCACUUUAAUUAAUUUGAAUUUGAAUAGAUUGUUUAUUUGAUAUUUUAUGAUAUUUAUAAAAGUGACUGUUAGCAUGCUGCUGUGGACAGAGUCAAUUGGGAUACUUUUUAUUUUGUUUUUAUUUGUAAUUUUAUUUUUACCCAAAAGCUGGAGAACUGUGCCUGUGUCAUGAAUCAAUGUGAGUGCAAAUGCUGUAUUUUUGGCUUUAAUUGUCGUUGAUCUGACAAAACAAAAUACCUUUUCAAUCCAAAUCAUUUUAAAUCUGUAUUCUAAUAAUAAUAAUAUGUUUAAUUUUAGCAUUCCGUCUUCAAAUAUUGCAAAUAAGAGAUUAGUCCCGUGCCGCUAUGUUUUAGUCUGCAGUGGUUUUCAAGGCAGGUGUUUGAUAGUGGCCAAGGACCUAAUAAUACAGUUUUUUGACGGUUUUUCCACAAUGUAGCAUGACCUCUUGUAUUUUCAGUCUUAUUUGACCGGAUGCACCUGAACGCAUCACCAUUUCGUUACAAAGGCUCUGUAACACUGGCGGUUUGAUUCCUUUCACUUUUCACUACACGUUUCUUUUUGUAUCUGACUGUUGUUGGCCUUUUAGUGUUGCUUUGCUUCAGUUUGAAGUGUAUCUUUGACUAAUACUUGCAAUAAAAUGCCUUGCUUUACCUCA